UAUUUCAUCAUCUUCUCCGGAGCAGCGACGUUAAAGUCCGGUUGCGAGGUGCGAGUUGCGCGGAACGAUGCUGGUGAAGUUGCAAAGUGAUGGUCGAGGAUGCUGAGGCGGCCGGAGGAGGAGCAGAGCCCGCUUUGUUCGGAGGAGCUCCGGGCUUCUGCGCCGCCGUGCUCCCGCAGCUCAUCCCCUGCUGCUUCGUCUUCACUUGGCCCGGCGACGGCGACCGUGACCAGCAGCGUGGUUUGUCAGUGUUGGACUGCAACCACCAGCACCAGCAGCAGCAGCAGCAUCAUCAGCUGCAGCGGCGGCAGGUCGGCACCAUGAGUGCGUACGGGUCCGGUGGCGGCGGUGCGAGAGAACGAGGAGGAGCAGAACAUUACCGCGAGCAACGGCGGCGCUCCGGCGACCGCUCACGUGACUCGUCCCACGAGAGAGGAGAGAGCCAGCUGACGCCGUGCAUCAGGAACGUGACCUCACCCACUCGGCAGCACGACCGCGAACGUGGCGACGGCGGCUCGUCCUCCAGAUCCUCCAGCCCGCGCCCGCCCAGGGUUUCCCUUCCCUACUCCCACAUCGGGGGCACUCUGAUCGGGGGACCGAUCCCUCGGUCACUGGGCCUCGCCGGCAUCGACCACCACUCCAAGAGCCUGGGCGACAUGAUCUACGUGUACGACCUGAGCAGUAAGGAGGGGCACCGCGGCGCCCUGAGGCUGGGGGAGCGAGUGACGCUCAUCGUGGACAACACCAGAUUCGUGGUGGACCCCGCGAUCUUCACGGCUCAACCCAACACCAUGCUGGGCAGGAUGUUCGGUUCUGGGCGGGACAACAACUUCACGCGGCCCAAUGAGAAGGGAGAGUUCGAAGUUGCCGACGGCAUCAGUUCGACCGUCUUCAGAGCGAUUCUGGAUUACUACAAGUCGGGGAUAAUCCGCUGUCCCGAUGGCGUCUCCAUCCCCGAGCUGCGCGAGGCAUGUGACUACCUCUGCAUCUCCUUCAACUACAGCACCAUCAAGUGCAGAGACCUGAGCGCCCUGAUGCACGAGCUGUCCAACGACGGCGCGCGGCAUCAGUUCGAGUGCUACCUGGAGGAGAUGGUGCUGCCGCUGAUGGUGGCCAGCGCCGAGAGCGGCGAGCGGGAGUGUCACGUGGUGGUGCUGACGGACGACGACGUGGUGGACUGGGACGAGGAGUACCCGCCGCAGAUGGGGGAGGAGUACUCGCAGAUCAUCUACAGCACCAAACUGUACCGGUUCUUCAAGUACAUCGAGAACCGAGACGUGGCCAAGUCGGUGCUGAAGGACCGAGGACUGAAAAAGAUCCGUCUGGGAAUCGAAGGUUACCCGACCUACAAGGAGAAGGUGAAGCGGCGUCCCGGAGGUCGGCCGGAGGUCAUCUACAACUACGUCCAGCGUCCCUUCAUCCGCAUGUCCUGGGAGAAGGAGGAGGGGAAGAGUCGCCACGUGGACUUCCAGUGCGUCAAGUCCAAGUCCACCACCAACCUGGCGGCGGCGGCCGCGGACAUUCCCCAGGACCAGCUGGUGGUCAUGCAGCCGACGGGGCCGCAGGUGGACGAGCUGGACACUCUGCCGCAGCCCCCAGGGGGCGCCGGCGAAGCCCACCAGCCGGCGCUCGCGCAGGCCCACGAGGGCCAGAACCAGGACAGUCCGAGCCAGGCGGCCCACGGCAACCAGCAGCACGGCAGCAGCCAAACUCAGGCCACGUACCACUACGAGCCGGACCCCGACUCACCGUCACCUUCUGCAUGAGACUGAGCGUCACACGUCCCCGCCCCCUGUGUUCACGCCGACGGUAACAAGAGCUUUUUACUUUACAUCGUUGCACCGAGCGAGAAACAGAAAACAAACAAACACGACUGAGCAGAAAAACAAUGAAGCACAAGACGAACACAGAUCAACGAUUCUCCGCCUCAGAGUCACUCGUUGCUUUCAGCGUGAACACAAACGCCUCCUCGCGGCGCCCAGCUCCGCCCCUCGUCCCUCUUCCCUCUUUCUCCCAUCGCCCCUCGUCCCCCUCCUCUAGUCCCUCUAACUCCUCCCCCUUCGUCCUCCUCCCUCUUCCUCCUUCCGAUCCUUGUCCCUCUAACUCCUCCCCCUUCGUCCUCCUCCCUUUUCCUCCUUCCGACCCUUGUCCCUCGUCCUCCCCUCGUCCCUCUAACUCCUCCCCUCCUCCCCUCUUCCCUGUUAUUCCUCCCCGCGCGACUUUCUCCCCUCGCUCCUCUUCCUCCUCCCCGCCCAUCGUUCCUUUAACUCGUCCCCUCUCGUCAUCCUCCCCGCCCCUCGUUCCUUUAACUCGUCCCCUCUCGUCGUCCUCCCCGCCCCUCGUUCCUUUAACUCGUCCCCUCUCGUCGUCCUCCCCGCCCCUCGUUCCUUUAACUCGUCCCCUCUCGUCGUCCUCCCCGCCCCUCGUUCCUUUAACUCGUCCCCUCUCGUCGUCCUCCCCGCCCCUCGUUCCUUUAACUCGUCCCCUCUCGUCGUCCUCCCCGCCCCUCGUUCCUUUAACUCGUCCCAGCUCGUCCUCCUCCCCGCCCCUCGUUUCCUCGUACCUGUUCCUCCUUCUCGCCCCUCGUCCUUCUUCCUCGUCCUCCUCCCUCCUCUUCCUCCCUAGUGGCAAAACACCACUUUGCCUUCUGUCGCAGCCUUCCUCUCACACAGCGUCCGAAUGACGGAGAAGCUGCUCAGCAGUCGAGGGGGCGGGGUCAGAACAAAAGCACAUCAGCAGCCUCCUCCUCACCACCUCAACGCUCCUCUUCUCCUUGUUUUAUUUAUCUGACCUUAGGAGACUGGGUCGCUUUCUGUGUGAAAAGAUAAAGUUCUGUAUUUAAUUUUCAUGAAGCGUGUGUGUGUGUGUGUGUGUGUGUGUGUGUGUGUGUGUGUGUGUGUGUGUGUGUGUGUGUGUGUGUGUGUGUGUGUGUGUGUGUGUGUGUGUGUGUGUGUGUGUGUGUGUGUGUGUGUGUGUGUGUGUGUGUGUGUGUGUGUGUGUGGAGGAUGGAUGAGGAUGUUUCACUCCUUCUGUUGUUUGCACCAGUUGAUUUGGUUCAACUCCCCUUUUUUCACUUAUUGUUCUUAUUACUGUAUUUUAUUACAUUUUUUGCUCCAGUCUCUGAAAACUCUGCACAGGUUUUUAUCACCACUGCUGUGAGCGCACACGAUGUCAGAAAACAAUGUUUUUCUAAUAAAGAAUAUUCACAACGA